AUGUCCACACCUGAGCACCGGUUUUGGUUAGCGACCUUGCUGCUCCUCUGGAGUUUGCAGUUCGGAGUCCACGGAUUCGGAAUCAAUCUGAUGAAGGUUCAAUCUGAGGACAAAGGGCAGCAAGCUUGCAUCCUGGCUUUGCUCCGGAAAUAUUUCGAUUCCGGGGAUGGACUCUCCGGCUCAGUGCUCUGCUUCAAUCGAAACUAUCAGUUACACAAUAUCCAGGAGCAGUUACUAAGAGGCAUGAACUCAUACGGACAGUAUCCAUGGAGCCUUUUGAUAACGAACUCCAGGGAGGGGGGUUCUUCGUCAUCCAAGGUCCUGUUGAACGAGAAGCCGCAGUGCUAUUUCCUCAUCGUCGAGAGUCUAGAGGACGAAGAUCUGGACGACAUAAUCGAGCACUGGAAAACCAUGGUCAACUGGAAUCCCCUGGCCCAAUUCGUCGUUUAUCUGGCCAGUUUGGAAGAAACGGAGGAGGAGAUGACUGACCUAAUGGUUGAAUUGCUCCUUACCUUCAUAAACAAGAAGAUCUUCAACGUGAAUGUCAUUGGCCAGAGCGAAGAAAACAAUUUCUUCUAUGGCAAGACCGUAUUUCCCUACCACCCGGAUAACAAUUGCGGAAAUCGGGUUAUAUCUGUUGAGCUACUGGAUGCCUGUGACUAUCCUGGCGAUGAAAAGGAUAAUGAGGACGAGGACUACGACGAAGGUGAAGGCGAUGGAAGCCAGGAGAACGGGGCAGAGUCUGUCAACAGUCAAGAAAAUUCUAAAGAUCAGGAAAAUGAGGUUUCAAAAAAUAGCAGAGAAAGUGGAGAAACUGGUAGCGAUGAUAAGGAAACCGAACAAACAGAGACAACAAACGACGAUAAAACUGAAAGUUCAACUGAAAAUGGAACAGAUAAUGAGGAACUUGAAAAUAAUUUAAAUGCCAACUCUUCAGAGCCGGAAGUAACUAUCGAGGAAUUCUAUCGGGCAAAGUUUGAGGAUAAAUUCCCUCGCGAUCUCAGUGGAUGUCCUCUAACAGCAUCCUUUCGUCCUUGGGAACCAUAUAUUUUUCGAAACAGUGAAGAGGAACCCGUGGAGGACAUCUACUACGGCAUUCAAUCGGAUGGGGACGACUACAACGACACUUCCCCCAGUUAUGGGGGAACGGAUGACGAGAGCUAUGGUUACCCGGAAGAGGACGGUGGCAAUCCCAUCCCUGACACCAAUGUCCAGACCAGUGAAAAGCUCAAGUUGAGUGGAAUUGAGUACCAAAUGGUACAGACUAUUGCCGAGCGUUUGCACGUAAACAUCGAACUGCAGACCGAAAACAGCAAUUUGUACCACCUUUUUCAGCAGCUGAUCGAUGGAGAAAUCGAGAUGAUUGUGGGUGGAAUUGAUGAGGAUCCCAGCAUCAGCCAGUUUGUAUCCAGUUCCAUCCCGUAUCACCAGGACGAGUUGACAUGGUGCGUGGCAAGGGCAAAGCGCAGACAUGGUUUCUUCAAUUUCGUGGCCACUUUUAAUGCUGACGCGGGAUUUCUGCUCGGACUCUUUGUGGUUACAUGCUCUCUGGUGGUUUUAAUGGCCCAACGUGUUUCUGGUUUCCGUUUUAGUAAUCUGAAUGGAUAUUUCCCCAUUUGCCUAAGGGUUCUGGGUAUCUUGCUCAACCAGUCCAUUCGAGUGCAGGACUUUUCACUGACUUUGAGGCAACUAUUUGGGCUCUCUUUUAUGGGCUUCUUCUUCAGUAACACGUACCAGAGUUUUCUGAUCAGCACGCUGACCACUCCCCGUAGUUCCUACCAGAUUCAGACUCUGGAGGAGAUAUACAUCAAUCGAAUGACCAUCAUGGGCACCUCCGAGAACGUACGUCACCUGAACAAAGAUGGGGAGAUAUUCAAGUACAUUCGCGAGAAGUUCAAGAUGUGCUAUAAUUUGGUGGACUGUCUCAAUAAUGCCGCUCAAAAUGAACACAUCGCAGUGGCUGUUUCACGGCAGCACUCCUUCUACAAUCCGCGGAUCCAACGAGAUCGCCUCUACUGCUUCGAUCGACGGGAAUCCCUGUAUGUCUACCUAGUGACCAUGCUGCUGCCCAAGAAGUACCAUCUGCUGCACCAGAUCAACCCGGUGAUCCAACACAUCAUCGAAUCGGGACAUAUGCAGAAGUGGGCCCGCGACCUCGACAUGCGGCGCAAGAUUCACGAGGAGAUCACCAGAGUGCGCGAGGAUCCUUUCAAGGCUCUUACCUACGACCAAUUUCGAGGUGCCAUCGCUUUUUCCGGCGGACUUUUACUGGUGGCAAGCUGCGUCUUUGCCGUCGAAUGGUGCUACGUUAAAUAUGCCCUUCGAUCUAAAAGGAAAAGAUUGGUCAAAAAUGUGAAAGUGUUAAAUAAUCUAUAA